AUGACAGAUUGCCUACAGAUUCCGGCCGACAGAGAAUGUUUCCUUCAAUGCGACCCUGUCGUUGUUCUGGGAGAGAAGAUCAGUCAGGUGCCGUUCCGCCGCCGGACUCUGGGCGGUGAUCGGCGCCGUCAUCAUCUCGGGUAUCUGGAUCAGGUGGCACUCCACGCUCAACUGCACCUCAUUGACGGCUCCAUGAAUUCUCCUGUGCGUUCGGCCCUACUCAAUGCCGUUGACUGCCAGAAGCUUUGGGGGCCAGGCUUAAUCAUCCCGUGGCUCACCGAGCCGUCGCGCCGUUUUCCAAUAGACUCAUUGCUCGGUCAAGGGACGAGCGCGGCUUUCUCGUGUACGGAGUACGGAUGGAUAGCCGGCUGUCGUCGCCACCUACCAUCGGGUUCUGCAUGUGGAGAGGACGCGUUCGCUCCCCUUGAGCUGAUGGAGCCGGGUCUCGUCGGGUUGCCUGCCAUGGAAGCUUUUCCCAACCAGCAUGUCCCACUCUCAACGACAAGAAAUCAUCAUGUCGAGAUCCCACUCCAUCGACGAAGCCAUUUCAAAAACUGCUGGAUCAGCGCUGAGGUGCUUGUCAGUCUCCGCUACGUUGGCUGGUUGGCACGUUCUCAGACUUCGAAGUCUGUUCACUCACCUGGGUCCCCGGGCUCAUCGGCGACCUUAACGUUGCUGCUAUCAACACUUUGGGCAUGGACCUCCCAUGUCUAG